GGAAAGGUGAGAAGAUGGAGACGCUGCCUUUGCUGAUGUCGGUUUUCCUAGUUUGCCUUGGUUCUUCGCAUCCCAACCCUGAGACAGUACUAGUGAAAGAGGGAGACACUGCCAUAUUGGGCCAACCUGACACAGUAUUGCCUUCCAUCAGCAAUAUCUACUGGUUUUAUCAUUCUAAUGGCAGACCCACCCUGAUAGUUAAUAGUGUGUGCUUUCGUGGCAACAUUAGCACAUUUUACUAUGGAGAAGCUAAGGAUAGACUACAGCUGGACAGGCACAGUGGCAAUCUCAUCAUCAAGAGUACCAAAGAGAGCAACUCAGGCACUUACAGAAUGGAAACCGAAAUUUCUACUGAACUUGAUAUUGAGCUGGUGAUAAAACUCCGGGUAUACGUUGCUGUGCCUAUGCCUGUGAUAUACCCAAAGAAGAAAAGUUCAAAAACCAACUGUACUGUCGUGUGCUCUGUGAAGAAUGGGAGAGAGGUGAUGCUGUCCUGGUCCAAAGGGAAUGUGAAGUUCUCCAACAUCAGCAGUCUGAAUCUUAGCACUAACCUGUCCUUGCCUCUGUAUGUGGGUGCUGAGGAGAAGGACUGGGCCUCCUACAGAUGCAUGGCCUCCAACCUUUUCAGCCAAUCCACAACCAUGCUCACUUAUCUGUGCUCCAGUGGUUCCUCUAAUAUCGGGUGCUUUCUCUCACUUUUUUGCUGUGCUUUGCUUUUCUUCUACAUGACAUUAGAUGCUUUUUAACUCAAACAGACCCUAAACAAACUCCGAUUUAUCUGAAAUUAAACAGCCUCAAUACAAACAGGAACACAUAAAUAUCAUCACAUUAUUCCACAUUAUUUUUAAAUACUUGAUGGGUGUAGCUCUCUCCUACAUUUCUGACACUCACAUUGCAUACCUGUCAGAUCCCUAAGAUCCUCAGGUAAAGGGGUAAUACCCAGAAUUCAGCACAUGAUGCCUUUUGUAUCUUUGUCAAUGCUCCAACAAUGUAUUCUUUUAAAAUCAGGCUAAAAACAUUUAUUAUGACCGCCGCUAGCAUAACUAGCGUAGCGGUCAUAUAGUUAUUGUCAAAGUUUUUUUUUCUUUCUUUCUUUUUUCCCCCCGUCAUCUACUUCCUGAAUUUUUGGUCAACGAUUCCCGGGACACUGUAAUACCAGGGCACAUGAAACAUGGUGGGCAUGUAGCCCCAGUGGACUUUUAUGGACAUUUUUUGUUUGGUCCUCGGGGGCCACUCCACCCACGUGCUGGCCCCCCCAAAAUCCAUGGGGGGCUAUAAAAUAAACUGGAAAUGUGCAUCUCCGUGGAGGAGCUGCAAGAGUGGGGUUGCUCACCAGGGGGCAGUGUUGGGAGUAACAGCGUUUAAGUAUAACGGCGUUACUAACGGCGUUAGUUUGUCAGUAACGAAGUAAUCUAAUUAAUUACUUUUCUCAUCGUUGCAACGCCGUUGUUACUGAGAAUUUAAAGCGUUGCGUUACAAUUUGGCUGAAUGAAGCGUGUUCACUGGAUAGGAUCAUAUAGGAUGGAAUACCCUCCCCUGAGCAAAUAAAUAAAUGUAUAUUAGCCCAAUCACCCUUGACAGACUAGGCUAUAGCUACCUAGAUACUGUACAUCAAAGGGGAAUCUGGAAAUAAUUUUACUAUAGGCCCACUUCAUAUCCAACUUCAGGAGGGGAAAGAAGACUUGAUUAGGCUACUCACCAAAUCCAAGCCAUUUCAUUUCUGCACAUAGGCUACGUAAGGGAUAAUCAACGACGCCCCGUGCGUUUCUAGGAAAAUAAUGCACGUUCGAAGUGGUAAUAAGGACCCAACACCGCAGGCGGAGGGAACUUUACACUUCGAUAAGUGCAUUAUUUUCCUAGAUACGCACGGCGUGGAGUUGAUUAUCCCGCUUAUACCAGAAACUUUUAGCUGCCUGGCAAUCUCCCUCCAUCCCUUGGCUCCUUUAUUCAGGUUUUUGUAGUCUUUCGCCGAUGUGUCAUAUAGAUAUGUCCUGGCUUCAACCAGUUGGAUGAGUUUAAAAACGUCCAUGUCUAGGCGACGCGAUGCGACUAAAAUAGGAAUGGACAAAGCGACAAAACGGGGUUAAAGAAGUCGCUUAGCAACGCGACUUGUCGCGUUCAGUCGCAUCGCAUUCAGUCAGGACAUUCCAAUUGAAAAUUCAGCGAUGGAAUUGAUUUUGUCGCACGCAUUCGGUCGUGUCGCUUGCAGUUAGGACACGGUGUUAUAAGUCCAAAAGAAGGGAACUACUGUAUUUCAUAGCCGUGCGGUAUAUUUAAGCAAUAUAGCACGAGUGGGAGUGGGUUGUUGCUGGAUAUUCCCACGGGUGUUGUUCGGCCGUAGCCUCGAGGCCGGAGGCCUCACACCGAGUGGUGUAGGCAACAAUUUUCCUAUUUUAGAAAGUGUAUCUUAUGCCUGACUUUUAUUCUUGUUAUUUGUAUUUUAUUAUGUAUUGUAAAGCACUUUGUGAUUUUAUCUGUGAAAAGUGCUAUACAAAUAAAAUACUUACUUACUUACUUACUAACUUUGUGUUUUAUGUAUAAUACUGAUGGGCUUUAGUUUUUAUGGAAAAGUCUACUAGAACUAUGUUUUGAUGUUGUCAUUCUAUAAAUAUUUUACAAUACUUUACUAUGCU